CUGCGCUCACUCGUUCAAUUUAGGAUACGUUAACAGCUUACAAUUGUGCAAAACCGCACGAGUACACUUUUCAUGAAGUAUUCCAUAUAAAACUCAAUUAUUGUUGUCCCCACUUAUCAGUUGCUUCGCUCGUAGGGAAUCGGGCUUUGAUAUCAAUAAGAAAGACUUAACUAUGCAAUUUUCGUUUUCUUUUGUAGAACCAUGAAUGAUGGUAAAAUUGGUGCCAUGAAAGUUUUGGAUUCAUUUCAACAGCAGCGCUGCACUAUUUAUCUGUUCGUAACUUUCUUAAUACCGUGAUAAAAUAUUCUAAUAUGCCGUUGCAUUGUCUUUGACCUUCAUAUACUGAGUUACUAUAGCUUCAUGCAUCACCCCGAUGUAGUCUAUACUGAAGACGCGAACUUAAAAUUUUGCUUAACCCAUUUUCUCAAUUCGCACUGAGAUAUAGGUAAAUCUGUAUUUCUGUCUCUUUUCUACCUCAUUUUCAUACACUUAUCAUUCUCUGAUCAAGCGAUUAUAAAUAUCACGGCUGUCUAGAUAUUGAAAGAGCGUUGCAAUAGAAGUCGAACCUCUCGUAAGCAACCACCCAAAAAACCAAACUGUAGUGGUCGCUAACGAGAAUCGAAUCAAAAGUGGUGUCUUCCGAAAAGAUCUACUUUUUGGAAGGGAAUUUUUUGCAGGCAACUUCUAAGGUACGAUGAGUUGUCUCCCAUUUGAUUAGAGUUCUUGUUAUUCAGAUCACGUGUAUGAUUUUAGACCAAAUUGCACUUCACUCAGUUCCAUUCUUAGUAUUUUAAACAUCUUCGGGAAACGAAAAUCACAAAAAGAGUAAUAGCUUUAAAAAAGCUCAUGAAGGGAUUUCGAAACGAUGGCUUGCUUACUGAAUGUACGAUGCUAUAGAAAUCUUAAAGAAAGUGAAUGUCUGGCACUCUUUGGAAAAUACACGUCGUAACACCUGAUGCCAAUGUGCGGCCGUAUUGACCCACAGAGAUCCAUGCAACGUUUCACAGAGUGAGAGAUUUUCGCUUACGAGAGCAGGUCGCACAUUAUUUUAUUAGUUAUCUUUGAGCAUUUGAGCCCAAUAUAUUAUACAGAAUAGCUUCAUUUAAAAGCUCGUUAACUCAUUUGCUUCCCUCUUUAGCAAUUGUGCAGAUUUUGAUGACUGCUAUUUCCUUGAAUAUUACGUAGAUAUUACUUGCAGAAACCUGAAAAUUCCACAGAUUGCCGGCUAAGUUUAGCAACCUCGGCUUUAAACUUGUGAAUUCAAUCUAGAUAUAUCUUCUUUUUUUAUUUCAUAUAAUUAUAAGAAUAUGUCUAGCCAAUUUUUUGAAAACCAACCAAACGAAAUUUGCAGUCAUUUGGGAGAAAAAGCGUCCAAAGUCACGUUUUUUAAGCCCGAGAAGCUCCAAAAUCAUAGUGACGAAGGAGAAGGAAAGGAGAAAAAGAAAGAGCGAGGAGAAGGAAAGGAGAAGAAGAAAAAAAAAGUAAUGGAUGCACUCUUAGAUUUUAUAAUAGCUACUUUGGAGAGUUUUUGGCCGAAAAAAUUGUUCGACACAAAAGGUCCAUUUGGCGAUAACGCUAUCAAAACUCCGACCGGCUAGAUGUACUAAUUAACUAAUUAAAAGUGCAGUUACUAAAAACCAUCAAAUAAUACAAAACACGUUCGAUAAAUAAGAUGUACCAAUCUUUUGAACGACCUUAAUGUCAAUUUCUUACGUUUUAUAAAAGUUUUUUACUGAAACAUUUAUAUCUUUCAAUUUAGCGGCUUGGGCCAAGAUAACUCUACUUCCCUUGACCUUGGGAAAUAUUCGGGCACCAACACAGUAGUACGCGAUUCAUUUAGGCGAGCUGGUUUUGCGGAUGCAACUCUUGGUUACUACAAUUUACGACCAUGUCCACUUGGUACUUUUGUAAAUGCAAGUCGUCUUAAAUGCGUCGAAUGUCCUGAAGGUAAAAUAUAUAAUUAUUGUGUUACAUUAUUAUUAUUGGAGCUUUUUCUUGUCUUAUGGGUGAUGAUUUUAAUCAUCAUCAUAAAUUCAGCUCAUAAAUUCAGCUCAAUUCAUUAAUUCACAACUUGAAUUCUACCACUGCUGUUUGUGAUUUAAAAAUCACAAACAGCAGUGGUAGAAUUCGAGUGCGAAUUAAGCGCUAAUAAUUUUAAAAUUGAUGAGACACUUGCUGUAAGAUUUUUCACCAUUUUCAAAAACGUCCCCGAGUUACAUUAUUUUAUUCUAUUUAUUUAAUAGUUUUCUCUUUGUAAAAAUCUGUUGUGAUACAUUGUGAGCUGAAUUUAUCAGUUAAAGGUUCUAACUGGUCUAAUUGUCUUUGAAUUGCCCGAGAAGAAUGUCAACAAGAUGGCUGUAUAAUAUAUUAAUUGGCAUUGUUCUUUCUUUCUGGUGUUUCACUGACUUCGACAAUAGAGAGGUUAAGCAUCACCUUUACGUCUAACGGAAAACGCCAAUUUGUACCACCUGACCAAGUUUCCCGACAACAACAUACCCUUCAUUUAAACGCGAUAGGAUUUAAAGCUCAAAGCUUGUGGGAUCGUGUAAAAGUAAUUACAAAUGAAUAUAGAACUAUAAUAAAAAUAGGGAUAACAUACUUACAAAAUACAACUACAACAAAAACUCUAAAAAUAUACAGUAAGAUUCUAAAAAGAUACAAUGUUAAAAUGAAUUUACAUUAGUUACCACUAAGUAAAUUGACUACAGCAUUUAAUUUUAAGAAACUGCGAGUUAAAACGCUGGACGAUUAUGUUAUUACUCCUCCUGAAAUUGUACGCAGUGCAAUAUUCAUUUGUCAAGUAUGAAAGAGCCGCAGGUGCUAAACCGAUAAACACGCUAUGGAAUAGUUUAAUUAAUUAAUAAUUUUAUAAUAUAAGAAUAAAGUAUUCCAAUUCAAAUGUCGGUAUACUUCAUCAGUAGGUACAUCGCGGGGCAAGUUGUAUAUUAUUCUGGUUGCCCUACAGUCAAGUACUUCAGGGAAUGUAGAAGGUCCGCAUUAGGGCAGCCGCCCCAAACAACCAAGUCCAUACAGAAAUGAUGGUAAUAUUAUCUUGGAGUACAAGUCCAAUAGUGCUUUUCAGCACAAAAACGAACUCCUUUUCGGGAGGUUCAGAUUGUUAAAAAAAAUACUUUUUACGUCUGUAAGGUAGUGUGACCAGGAAAGUCUGACAUCGAUAGUAACGCCCAAAAGAAGAGUGUGCUUCUCCCACUCCGAUCCUCUCCAAUAGUCACAGAAUUUAGCGACCCUCUGUGCGGUUUUCUUAUCAAUAGCAUAGCUUCGCCCUUUGCCUAGUGAGGGGUUAAAGAGUUCUCUAAGCACCAACUAUUCAGUUCCGAUAAAGCUUUAUUUAAAGAAGUGACAGUGUUAUCAACAGUGUCCCCUAUGCAAUAAACGGUGGUAUCAUCCGCUUACAUAAAGACAGAGCCAGAGGUAACAGUACUUGGUAGGUCAUUGGUGUACAGGGUGAACAACGUUGGGCCCAGUACUUCCCCUUUACUCAUCGUUUACUUUUCAUUAUUUCAACACAUAAAUAAGUAGUUUCACGCAAUUUUUUAUCCAUAAGAAUUGUUUUGAGCUGUUUUUAUCUGCUCAUUUUCUAUUUUGAGAAAUUCUCAACUUGAAUCUGACGUUUGCCGUAUACGUGAUGCUCAAACUCUCUUCUCUCUCGAUUCAUAAAAGCGCAAAAACUGGUACUAACUUUGCCAGUAUCCAGCCAGCCACAGUUAUUGGACUCUUAAUACGACUAGAUGCCAGCUUUUUUUCUUAUGUCAUGCAAUAGCAAAAUCCGUCCACGGAAACCAAUCAUAUUACGGGAAUUCUGCGUUAUUUGUAGGUCAUGAAAUUAAAAAAGGAGCGUCGGACCAAAAACCAAGGAUUUUGUAACCCGACAAUUUUUAUUUACCCCAAACUAACUACUUUUUAUCGGCUCUGUAGAUCCAUUUUAGUCAUAUUUUGGGACUACAAAAUUAAAUUUAUUUCAAGGACACUUUCACUCUGAUACACUUUCUUAUAGGAGGCUUCUAUUCGGAUACCAUAGCGUUUGUCAAUGACAGCUGCCUCAGAUGUCCAAAUGGAACUUUUGUACCAUACAGUAAGGCGCCUGGCAAAAGCGCUCGUGAGUGCAUUGCUUGUCCACAAGGUAGGCAUAUUUUAUAG